CUUAACUACUGGUUUGGUUAUUGAAUAAGUCUUCACAAUUUAAACACAUAUCUCACUGCCAACCUCCCCAAACAAACCAACUUUCAAACUUCUCCAAAAGCACUCACUAUAUUCAUUUCCAAACCAACCUUUGAAACUUUCUCCAUAUGCCAUAAUCUUUUUCUCUCAAUCUCAUCAUCCCUUUCAAAUUUUUCUUCCAACUCUUUAUUUCACCUUUGAUUAUAAAUUUGAAUAAACUAAAUUGACUCACUUUUUGGCUACCAACUUUUGAGUUUUGCUUUUUAAACCCUCUAUUGUUCAUUUUCAAUUUCUUAAUCUCUUUUUUAGUUGAAUGAAAUGGUUGUUGAAAUUACAAUGAGUCCUAGAAUUUCAUUUUCACAUGAUUUCUCUCAACAAGGUGUAAUACCAAUUGAAAAACACCCUUUAAGAUCAAAUUCAUCUAAUAUGAAUUCAAGCAUUGAUUUUGAUUUUUGUGUCAAUGAAACUUCAGAGCUUGAAUCAUCUUCAGCUGAUGAGCUUUUUUCACAUGGUAUUAUUCUUCCAACUGAGCUCAAGAAGAAGAAAAUAAAUGUUCCUUUGAAGCAACCAACAAUUCAACCUACACCCCCUCAAAAUUUUGCAUUACCACCACUUUAUGCAAAUGGAAGCAAAAAUUCUUCCAAGAAAAUGAUCACAAAAGAUGUGAAAGAGUUGAAUAAUAUUGAUGAAGUGGAUGAGAAGCAUAGUUCAAAUUCUAAGUCAUUUUGGGGGUUCAAGAGAAGUAGUAGUUGUGGAAGUGGAUAUGGUAGAAGUUUAUGUCCUUUGCCACUUCUUUCUAAAAGCAAUUCAACAGGUUCAUCAACAAGUGUUAAGAGGAUGCUAUCAAAGGAAGGUUCUAAUGUUAAGCAAAAUUCAAAGAAAAAUUCUUCCAUUACAAGGUCCUCUAAUUCCUUUGGUUCAAACAAUCAUCAAAAGGCUCCAAUAAAGAGGUGUCAUGGUGGAGCUUAUGCUAAUAAUGUUAGGGUUAGUCCUGUUUUGAAUGUUCCUUAUUCAAACCUUUUUGGUUUUGGUUCAAUCUUCUCCAACAAUAGAGAUAAGAGUAAGAAGAAGUAACCAAUCGCGGUUGACAAUGGCUCAGAUGAUUAGACCUUCCACCCAUAUCGACCAUGACUUGAAUUCUAGUUCGAAAUUUCGUAGUUAGUAGGUUAUAAGUAAAUUCCAUUGUAAAUUUUCAAUUAGGCUUGUGGUAAGUAAUUUUACUAAUUUGCAAAAAAAAAAAAAAUAGUUGUUAUCUAUAUUUUUUUUUUUGUCUUAGAUGAAGUGGUAACUGUAAGGUCCCGGGUUCGAACUCGGGUCAAGACGUCCAACUUUACAAUUUUGGCAUUUGUCAAUUGAGCUAGGACUUCUUUACGUUAUCUAUUUUAAAUUGUACUAGUUUUGCAAAUUGGUGGGGUCUAUAUUUUAUUUUUUUAGUUUCUAUGGUUUGCCUUGUGAUAUGGAAAAUUAGGUGUUGCUUGUAUAAGUUAAAGUUUUGAAAGGUAAAUUGUUUGCAUCAA